UUUGUGGAGAUCAGAAAAACGACAGCGCGAUAAAAAUUAGUAUUGUUGCACUUCACAAAUUAAUGACCAUGAGUUCCUACUUGAUAAACUCCAACUAUAUCGAGCCUUCCUUUCCUCCAUGCGACGAAUAUCAGCAGAGCGGAUACAUCCCCAACCCUGGUGAUUACUACGAGCGGCCAAAAGAUACGGGCUUCCCCCAUCACGACGAACCAUCCUAUCCGAGGUCAAACUACACAGAAUCGGGCUACGAUUACGGUAACGUCCCCGCCACGGGACUCGAUGAUUUCGGCGAGGGGCAUCACGCACAACCGCAACCGGUUCCACAGAGCCACGGUCCUCGCCUCACCGCGGCCCCAGAUGGUGGCGCAGGGGCAAAUGCCAGCAAAGACUGCAGCCUUGCCAGUGAGGUAUAUCCCGGCGUACCGAAGGGCAAGGAGCCGGUGGUCUAUCCUUGGAUGAAAAAGGUUCACGUUAGCACCGUCAAUGCCAGUUACAAUGGAGGAGUGCCCAAGAGGUCCCGCACUGCCUACACCCGCCAGCAGGCUCUGGAGCUGGAGAAGGAGUUUCACUUCAACCGGUACCUGACCCGGCGCAGGCGGGUGGAGAUUGCGCACACCAUGUGUCUGUCCGAGCGCCAGGUCAAGAUCUGGUUUCAGAACCGGAGGAUGAAGUGGAAGAAGGAGCACAAGCUUCCCAACACCAAGAUCCGCUCCUCCAGCUCGGCCUCGUCCUCAGCCUCGGGGGCCCAGCAGCAGCAGAUCAAAACAGGCCAGCAGCUUGUCCCCACGCCGUGCACCGCAGGCCUAUAGUGCAUGAACGAACCCCCACCCCAUAAAAAAACCCAAUCCAGACUGAGAUGGCAAAUAACACAAGUGGAAUUUGUUGGACCGAUUCUCAGUAUUUUACACACAUGGUGUUAUCUCCUUCACCUUGCCUCUGCCAUUGGGCCCCUGUCACGUCCUUUGUACCCUUUCCCUCUCCGGUCGUCCUCGCCCUCAUCAUAUAAGCUUGAAAAUUCACCUUUAAUUGCCAACGGUGGCAACUGAAGUGUUUAUAUAUUUGUUUAUUAUUAUGAAAGAAGGAUUACGCACACUCAGACGUAGGACUUGGAUCAAAAUGUAUCAUUACAGUUAAAGUUGAGUGAGGUAAAAGUAAGUUUGAACUCGUUUUUUUCUAUGUUCUGUUGGAUUAUUGUUUUUCUGUUUUGUAUUAUUGCUCAUGGAGAGUUCUAAUAUACUUGAAAGAUAUUUAGCGAGACUCUAUAGAUGCCUGUUUAGAGAACCAGGCGGCUGUUUUAGAGGUAUGGCAUCGGUCAGAGUAACAGUGUAGUUUGUGUGUUUGAGUGGGUUGGUUUACUGUUGAAUGUAGUCCAUGUGACUUUCACAUUUUAAUGUACAUAGACGAAUCAUAAUGAAGGCACAAUAAUGAAAGCAUUUCGUCAAGUAGAAUUCCGUUUGUUGGUGUUGUAAGGUCUAGUUUUAUUUGUGCUAGUGCGUCCCAUGUUGUGCUGUGUUCUAAACUGUGAAUAUUUGUAUGUGUUGUCUCAGUAAUGACCGUUGUGAUGUGUAGGCUAGUGUAGGAUCAAAUUGUCCUUGUGAAAUAAAUAUGUACUUCACUUAUAAGGCUGACAUUGCUUUUGAUAUUUUGUCACAGCAAAUUCAGAUUUGAUUUGAGCGCACCAUGCUUUGUUAAAGCCGUGCAUAUUAACAUGGCAUUUAGGUGCUGCCUUUAUUUUAGGAAUUCCUAAUUUUAGGAAUUGCAAUUUCAAAGUCCAACGUCAUAUUUUCAUGCUGUGUAGUUUCAUUUCAGUACCUGGAGUUGGAAUUAUUUAGAACUUUUUUUAUUUGAAGUAUUUGCAUCAGUUGUGCAGUGUUUGGAGAUGCGUGCGUAAAACUGUGAUAGCGUGUAUGAGUAUUGGAAAUUUACUGCACCACACUCGAGAAAUAUUUUAUAGAUUUUUUUGGUUUUAUUUUAUCUGAAUAGAUUAAAAAACAAUUAACAACAUUUUAUGAUAUUUGCAAGGACGAUUAACUUGUUAAUCAUUGCGCAUCAAGUUUUCAAGUUUCUCUUUAAGUAAGAUUUGUACUGAGGGGAAAAACCUUUAACGUUUUUAGGAUAUGAAUAUCAUGUGCGACAUUUUCAGGACUAGGUCUUUUCUAAGAAAUAUAUCCUUAUGUACAAUACAAUGCACGAAAAGUGUUCACAUGCCAGAUUCUCUUUUGUGUUUCAGUGCUGGCUGAAAUUCUAAUCCGUAAAAUGUGGAUGGAUGUCAUGCGUACUUUCGUGGAUUUAAAUCAGAAGUGGUAGAAAUCUGUGAGGCAGGUAUCAGCUGUUGGUUCUAAGAGUUACAUGAUUUGCUACUGACACGGGAAUUAGACCAAACCCAGAUUGUUAAAUGUAUCCGGCCACACAUAUUGUUCUUACUUGCCAGUAUAAGGAAAUCUCAGCCAACCUCAGUGCACCAGUGUGUGAGUGUUGGUCACUACCUGCUACAUCCAAACAAUAGAGAGUUCAACCAGGGGACACGGCCGGCUCUGGCCAAUCAUCGGCUCAGAGCACUUCUUCUGACCCCUGACCUCUCGGCACACACAAUGUUCAGACCAUACAUCAGUGCUGAGACCUCCGCGAGCUUUUUCUUCUCAUUUAAGGUUUACGCAGAGACAGCGCGGAAACAAAAACGGUGCAUAGGUGUGAAUCUGAGCCAUGAAUUUUCCCUAAAUUAUUCUAAGAGACAGCUCUUCUGCAAUUCAUCACAGAAACACCCCUGUCAGGCCGUGUGGAGAGGGCUGAUAUGAGCAGAGACACGCUGGAAUUGUGCACGUAAUUUAGUGUGAUUUUCAAUGUGUGUCGACAUUGAUGGUUUCUUCACAAUAUUUAUGCCAGUAAUUGCAUAAUGAAUGGGCGUGCAAUGCGUUUAAUCGUAAAUUAGAUAAAACUGACGCUUGCCAAAAUUCCCAGAGUUAAAAUCCACAGAGUGACAUGAUUCACAACUUGCAGCUUUGUAGUAUUGGUUGCUGCUUGUCACCGAUUUAUUAACUACACAUGUCUGCGUACAUGAAAUGAAAAUGAGCAAAUUUGCUGCAGAAACGUUAAAGCAUGCUUCUGAAAGAGCUCUUCCGCUCUGUGCAGCACUUGCUGCAGACAUGGAGGUUGUGCAGAAGAUGGCGUUGAGGCUGACUGGCACCGCAGACUCCAAGAAGUCCAACUAGUUAAAUUACAGAUUCCAAGUCAUUUGAUUCGCGAAUAGAGGUCACUUCCAAUGUACUGAAAUUUUAAUUCGCCCGUUCACGUGACUUGUUGAAUAAUGAAUGCCCCGGGGUCAGAAAUAGAUCUGAAAAUCUGCCUUAUUUUCAUUUGAAGUGAUCCUCUGCAGGGUGCGAGUCACAUCUCUUCUCCCCUGACAAAACUCUAUCUGCUGGACUCAGACCGUCAUGACUUGUGAGUAGAUUUAGCUGAUUUUCUUUUUUUUCUUCAGUUUUGUGUAUAUCUUUUAAAAAAUGUAUAAAACGUCCCAGAAGAAGAGAUAUUCAUAGAAAUUGUAAUAUGUAUUGUAAUAUGACCUGUUUAUUAAUGUUUCUGAGGUUGCUGAAAACAUAUUUAGCUUAUUAUUAAACUCAGAUAAUCGUGUUUCUCUAUUUUAUUGCCAAACAUUUUAACUGACCUUUUUAUUACUUAAUGUGUGG